AUGCCACACAAUAUACCAUUUUUUUAUCGCCUCUACACAGGAGACAUUUUAUCCGUGAAACAACUUCGCCAUGCCCUUCAACUAACUGUAACCAAACAUGGAUCACUUCAUACAUCACUCAUCUAUGAUUCUGACAACAAUCAACUCAUGCAGAGAGUUCUUACUCAACAAGAUAGCAACGAUGAUAUGUUUACAAUUACUGAAAGUAGUUAUGAAACUGAUGAACAACUCAAUGCUAUCAUCGAAAAUGAGAAAUAUAAUCCUCAUCUUUUUCAUCUUGCUCAAGGUCUUGUCUUUCGAUGUCAUAUUAUUUACUAUAAACAAAUCUCUUCAAACAGUAUCCUUUCUAAUAAAGAUCUACUUAUUUUCAAUUUUCAUCAUGCUUUAUUUGAUUUUCCAUCGAUGGAUAUAUUUCUUCAUGAUCUUAAUCAAGCAUAUACAACAGGUCAACUGACAACUGAUACCGAUACCACUCUACGUUAUAUUGAUUAUGCUGUUAUUGAACAACAAAUGUCAAUAAGUGGUGCAAGCAUGUUUUGGUUUGAUAAACUUCAUAAUUGUCAUCUUGAUCAAUCGUUAUCACUACCAUACGAUCGAUAUCGUCUUUCAAAUGAACAUCCAACUGGUCGUGGAACAUCUCUUUCAUUUGAUUUUGGUCUAGAUCUUU